CAACCGAUCAAUCAAUCAAUCAAUCAUAUUAUUUCGUUAUUUACUUGAGAAUUGGGCGUCGUCGAUUUUCUUUUUCAGUCACUAAAUAUCAUGUCCCAAAAACCUUUAGGACGGCUUUAUUGUAAAGGAGUCGUAUUGGGUUAUAAAAGGUCACAGCGUAAUCAAUAUCCAAAUCAGACCAGAAUCAAGAUUCAAGGAGUAGAAGAUCGAGCGUCCACUAGUUUUUAUAUCGGGAAGAGAGUGGCAUAUGUUUAUCGAGCAAAAAGACCGAGAAAAAGCUUCAGAGGAAAGAAAACAAAGAUUCGAGUGAUUUGGGGGAAGGUCAUCGGACCACACGGUAACAGCGGAGUUGUACGUGCCAAGUUUCGAAACAAUUUGCCACCUUCUAGUUUUGGCAAACGAGUAAGAGUUAUGUUGUAUCCAAGCAACUUAUAAAAAACACAAAUAUCAAUUGCUUUGAAAUUUUGCUUCUUGUUUAUCGAUCGACCCAAUGACUCUUUUUGGAUAAAGAGAUGUCAGGUUUCUCAUCAUGAAGAGUGUUUCGGAAAGACUUUUGUUCAUAGUAAAGUUUGGUUGUUCGUUUUACGUAUUACAAAAAUAUGGUGUAGAAGCUUCUGUGGUAAAUAGUUGAAGCUUUGCAACACCUUCACGAGUUCAAACUUUCUGUCAUAGUGUGUGGGACCUUCCAUGGAACCUACUUUAAACGCUCAAGGUGAUAUUGUUGUCUUCGAACAUAUUACUCCACGUUGGGGAACUUUGCAACCUGGUGAUGUAGUUGUUGCCAAGUCACCUUCCAGUCCACAUUCUCAUAUCUGCAAAAGAGUAAAAGUAGUGGUAUGCCU